AGCUUUCUUUCAAUCAAAUUUCCAAUCUCUCUCUCUCUCUCUCUCUCUCUCUCUCUCUCUCUCUCUCUCUCUCUCUCUCUCUCCAUUGUUAGGAUGGACCAGGUGAUGACAUUGGCGGGCCAGAACGCGUUGGUGAUCUUCAGCAACAGCUCAUGUUGCAUGUGCCACUCUAUCAAGAGGCUCUUUUGUGAGCUCGGUGCCCAUGCAGCAGUUUAUGAGCUUGACCAAGAACCUAAAGGAAUAGAAAUGGAGAAGGCGUUGGUCAGGCUACUAGGUCGUAGGUCACCUCUACCAGCUGUGUUCAUUGGUGGUAAGACGGUGGGCUCUACCAAUGAGGUGAUGUCUCUUCACCUCAAGCCUGAUGGAAGUAGGAGCCGUCUGAUAACGCUCCUCAAAGAAGCAAAAGCUAUUUGGCUGUAAUGCAAUAUACAAUUUCUGCUUUAAUAUCAUGUAAAGAGCAAGUCAUAUGCAUAUAUAAGAUAAGAGUUUCUUGUAUAUUUCUUGAGGAAAUAACUACUUAUGGAUGCUUUAGGUCUUAGUUAUGGAUUAAAGUUAUAUAUGGAGUCUUAAGUUGAGGUUUAAAUUACCAUUAGUUAGGGUUUUG